CCGGUGUGCCAAAAUACCGCUCCGCGUAUUUCAGGUUUGUUUAAGCGUUUCUCGUGUGCUGUGAAUAACCUCAUGUUUUACUCUAACUAAGCUUUCAAUGCAGCGCAGAGUGGAAGCCGAUGGGGGACGAAAAGGAGACCUGGAAAGUAAAAACUCUUGACGAAAUCCUGCUUGAGAAGAAACGCAGACGAGAAUUAGAAGAGCGAUCAGAUCCCAAGCGCCAGAAAGAUUUCACGCAGGGCCUUGUUCCACAGGCGGAUGAUCGGGAAUCCAAACGAGACACUCCGGAGGAAGGAGAACUACGAGAUCAAAGAAUGGAAAUAACAAUUCGUAAUUCCCCAUACACACGGGAAGACUCAACAGAGGACAGAGGUGAGGAGGAUGAAUCACUAGCAAUCAAGCCUCCACAGCAGAUGGCCAGGAAAGACAAAUCUCACCACAGAAAGGAAGAGAAGAGAAAAGAUAAAAGACGUCAUCGCAGUCACUCUGGUGAAGGAGCAGUGAAAAAUGUGCGACCCAAAGACAAAGAAAAAGAGCGAGAGAGUGAUCGCAGGAAACGUCAGUGGGAAGAAGACAAAGCCCGGCGAGACUGGGAAAGGCAGAAACGGAGGGAAGAGGCCAGAGCUCAUUCACGAAGAGAGAGUGUGUUUGUGGUUACCCCCCACAGAGAACGUCUGGAGCAGGCAGAGCGCCAGCGUGAGCGAGAUCGAAAACUGCGUGAACAGCAAAAAGAGCAACGGGAGCUCAAGGAUCGGGAGAGGAGGGUCGAAGAGCGACGCAAAGAAAGGGGUGCUCGGCGAGAAGUUCCAUCUCACCACCGGAUGCUACCAGACGAGUAUGGUGGUAAGACAAAACAAAGUCACCACAGUCGCAGUCCUACUCGUGAUCCCAGAGACCGAUCUGAACAUGGUGAACAGAGGAAAAGUGCAACAUUAAAGGAGGAGAAACCCGACCUCAAAGACCUGCUCGCGGAUCUCCAGGACAUCAGUGACAAUGAAAGGAAGACCAGCACAGCAGAAUCCUCCAUGGCGUCAGGGUCAGGCUCUGAAGAAGAUGAUGAUGAAGAUGAAGAGGAGUCCAGCAGCCAGAGUGAAGGUGGACAGGAGGAAGGAGAAGAGGAGGAGGAAGAGGAGGAGGAGGAGUCUGUCUCAGGCUCAGGAAGGUCUGAGCAAAGUGCAGAGGAUGUAAGUGAAGAUGAGCAUUCAGAUGAAGACUUUGAAGACGAGAGGGAAAAUGGAAAUCACAUUCCAGCAGUGCCAGAGUCCCGCUUUGACCAUGAUUCGGAAGAGGAUGGGGAAGAUAUGGAGGAAGAGGAUGAGGAUGAAGCAGGAGAAGCUGACCCCACUCCUCAGUCUCAGGCCCACACACCCUCCCCGACUCCUGAAGAGAACUACAUCCCUGACUCCCCACCUAUUUCACCUGUGGAGCUGAAGAAGGAGUUGCCCAAAUAUCUGCCAGCUUUACAGGGUUGUCGCAGUGUUGAAGAAUUCCAGUGUCUGAACCGAAUAGAGGAGGGAACGUAUGGUGUUGUGUACAGAGCCAAAGACAAAAAGACUGAUGAGAUUGUGGCACUGAAAAGGCUAAAGAUGGAGAAAGAGAAGGAGGGCUUUCCCAUCACCUCUUUAAGAGAAAUCAAUACGAUUCUGAAAGCUCAACACCCAAACAUCGUCACAGUAAGGGAAAUUGUUGUUGGCAGCAAUAUGGACAAGAUCUACAUUGUGAUGAACUAUGUAGAACAUGACCUGAAAAGCCUGAUGGAAACCAUGAAGCAGCCCUUCCUGCCAGGUGAAGUAAAGACUCUGAUGAUUCAGCUGCUUCGUGGAGUCAGACAUCUCCACGAUAACUGGAUCCUGCACCGGGAUCUGAAGACGUCUAAUCUGCUGCUGAGCCACAAGGGCAUCCUCAAGAUUGGAGACUUUGGUUUGGCGCGGGAGUAUGGUUCCCCACUGAAGCCCUACACUCCCAUAGUGGUGACCCUGUGGUAUCGCUCACCUGAGCUGCUGCUUGGGGCCAAGGAGUACUCCACAGCUGUGGACAUGUGGUCAGUGGGCUGCAUAUUUGGCGAGCUCCUAACCCAGAAACCACUUUUCCCCGGAAAGUCUGAGAUUGACCAAAUUAAUAAGAUUUUCAAGGAUCUGGGGUCACCCAGUGAGAAGAUCUGGCCUGGCUACAACGAACUGCCAGCUUUGAAGAAGAUGACUUUCACAGAAUAUCCAUACAACAACCUGCGAAAGCGAUUUGGAGCGCUGCUCUCAGACCAGGGCUUUGACCUCAUGAACAACAGGCAAAGAAGAAAUUGGUGUGGUCACCUGGGUCUUGCAUUUCCACUAAUGCCAAUCAGAGAUAAAGCCAAUAAAAUCCCACCUGCAUUGCACAGUCAUUUGAUGUAGAAGUGAGUGCCAAUUCAACACAUUGUCAUUGGUCAAAAACCCAUUUAAACUCUUUAGUUCACCUCGCCCUUUCCCAAGCGAGUCAGGGAACUACGGUGGCAUUUACACAUCACAAACAGCAUUGAUAUUUUUCCUUUGUGACUUCUCUUGUACACAUUUACUUCAAAACCUGAAACAGAAGCUCUGUUCGGUUUGUUAUAGAAACAUGGCAGCCUGUGUAAAGCAAGAAUGUUGUUUAAAGUAAUAAAACCAAUAAACCGUCUUAUAUGCUACACACUGGACCUUUAAAGCUAUCUAUUUUAAUAGAAGAUAAAAGGCAGGUUAAUUUGAAGUCUCCCUGCUGUUUAUAAAAGAUCUCUAAGUGUUGAAAAUGUCCCAUUUUGCCUGCUUUUCAUGUAUUUGGUUGUAUCAACCUCAAAUAUCAGUACUUUGGAUCAAUACAGUGCUGCUCUGUCAGAUUCUGUUGCUCCUUUCAGAGCUUCAUAUUUAGUCAAUCCAUUUCUGGCAAGCUGACUUAAAACAUGACAACGGCAGUGGACUGGUAAUUCAUCAGCAUACCUCAGCAGCAGUCAUGUUCCAUCCUCCUGUUCUGUUUUCUCCCACACAUGCAUGCACACUCACCAUGGUGAUGCUCCACUCUACAAGAAAAUGUUUUCGAAAAACACACCGUAAACACAGAAAAUAAUCUCACACAGACAGUGAUAGGUUCAUAAUUCUUUCUUGCACAUUCCACAGAUCAGCAUUGUUCAGUUACUACAAAGAGCAGAGAUGCAUUUUCUCCACUCUCCUCUCUCAAAUCCUCAGCCACCCACAGACACUUUUGCCUACACCUACAAAUGACAAAACCACACCACUGGCUCUCCUCACAGCUGCAGAGGAUGGUAACAACAUGGCCACUGUGUUGCCAGAGGAUCACAGUUCAGUGGAAGUUUGGCACCUUGUCACCGCUGCUGAAACCUUCCAGCUGCCAGGAGACUCAUAAAGUAUUUACUCAGGGGCAGAUUCAGACUGCAGGAGGUCAACACCUUAGACUCACUGUGUAAAACUUCAGAACAGUAUGGUAAAGGUUUGGAGAUUUCCAUGCUCUGGCCACAGGACACCUUUUAAAGUGGCACCUGGUGAGGUUUUCUGCUGCUGUUGUGGGUUUAGUGAUGGUCGUUCUGCAUAGCUUGGUUGUAAUGAGUGAUUAUUUGAGUUACUGUAGCAUUUGUAUAAACAAGUCUGAGCACUCUCCACCAAAAAGACAUUUUCAUUCACAGAACUGGAUAUUUUUUCUUUUUUGGACCAUUCUCUGUCAACUCUAGAAAUGGCUGUAAAUGAAAAUCAAUGCAAGUACAUUUUCUGACUAGGAAGCUGUGAAUCUACAACUUCAGGCUACAAUGCUAAUUAACUUAAAAAUAUUUAGCUUAUUUUACAUGCAUUUAUUAUGAUGUGUAAGUUUUCUCUGGAGGAUGAGGAGGAAAAUUGUUAGUAAAUCAGUAAGUUGAAGGAGUCGUAAUGCUGCAGGUCUGGAAUAAUGUCCACUCUGGCUGUUUCCAUACUCGUGCAAAGCACCCAGGGGUAUUGUAAGGAUCAGAUAUAUUCAGUCUGUUCUGUGAUACGUUGCUGAAUCUCUGGAUUUAAAGUGUGCAGUGAUCUCUUCAAGCUUGAAAACAGCACUGGUGCCGUUAUUUUUUCAGAAGCUUGACCAAACUGUUCAAAAUUCAAAGUUGUCUUUGUUACCCAUGAGGGGAAAAUUGAAGCACAGUCAGCGGCAACCAAAAAUAAAUAAAAAUAGACAAGAUGUCAUGAGUCGCGUGACUUGCUUGACUAUAAACUUGCUUGAGUUUUUGUGAGGUCUACUGUUACCCAAACAUGUAAAUGAGGGCAAGUCGAGACAAGAAAUCUCAGAUACUACAAUUGAAUUUAUCUGGCCAUGUACGCGCAGGCAGUAAUGCUUUGCACGGACACAGAAGGCGUACCUAAUAUAGUGGCCAGUCAGUGUAGGUUUGUAGGUAGAUAUAACAGCUGUUAAGGAAUAUCACACCUGUCUGUGUCCAGUAGUGUUUGAAUGUUGAGGCGCAAACUCACAGGCACAGGAAGCACAUGCACAUUCUUUGACUUUGAAAGCAAACAGUCAUUUAGACACAAGUGGAGGAUUAUCUCCUUCAAAUGCCUGCGUUGGUCCCCACUGGCACAGGAAGACGAGCCCUCCCACAAUGAACAAACAUUAUGAGCCGCCUGUGUUUCUUGAAUGAAAUGUCUCUUAGGUGUGUUAGCAUCUUUACAUGAACUCUGCCACUGUU